AUGGUCAGGCCGAUAGCUGCUCCGCUCUACAAGGAACAGGUAGCGGAAGCACUGACUGGCGUCUGGGAUGAUGAGAUUAACGACUGUCAUCAAACCUACACCAUCGAUCUCGAUUGUGACAGACCUGGAAUCCUGGAUGCUGGAAACGCUAUUCGCAAUUUUGCCCGGAAUCAGGAACAGCUUGUCAAUCACUUUGUUCAUGAACCUCGGCCAUCAGUAUAUUUAUCAUAG